GUACUUUAAAAAAAUAUCUAUUUUUUUAUUAAUAUAUCGCAGGAAGCAGUAGUUUUAUUUUAUUUCCUGUUUAUUUUCAGGGUCAAACAACAAAUAAUGGUGUGAAGAUUAAUCACAAAGAAAUCCACGUUUCUCGUCUCAUCAACCAAAGCUACCGCCAUGAAAAAAGUCGUAUUAUUCAAAAGUGUAUCAGAAGAGUACGAAAAAGUUUUCACAGAUAAUAAUUUUGAAGUGAUAUUUAUUGAACCUCUGCAGUUCACAUUUAUAAAUACGGAAGAGUUAAAUAACAAAUUAACACAAAACUAUGAUGGAUUAAUACUAACUAGUCCACGAGCUAUAGAAGCAGUAGCAAACCUUUGGAACCCUUCUAAGUUUGUGUUGUGGAAUACAAAAAAAGUUUACACAGUAGGAGAAGCGAGUCGACAAAACGUCGCUCUCCGACUGGGACUCGAAGCUCUGGGUUCGACAUCCGGAAAUGCUGAAAACUUGGCUAAAAUUAUUGCUGAUAAUAAUUCAAAAUGUUCAAAAUUCUUAUUUCCUUGUGGUAAUAAAAAAUCAGAAACACUUCCAAACUUAUUACAGUCAGCAGAAAUCGAUGUAGACGCUGUGACAGUCUAUGAGACAAAGGAAAAUGAAAACUUACAAAAACAGUUGAUGAAAGUGACCAACCUGGAAAAAGAACUUCUGUGUGUUGUUUUCUUUAGUCCUUCCGGUUGCGAAUAUGUGUACAGAACGCUCCAAACAUUGUACAAUAGACUGUCUGAUGUGCCACAUUUUGCUAUCGGAAAUACCACAGCACACAAGAUUGAAAACUUUGGUGUUGAAAUAGCAGGAGUCGCCGCAAAACCUAGUGCCAGCAGUAUGGUAGAAACUAUACAAAAAUAUUUUGCUUCAUGAGAACAGUGAUUUCAUGAUAACAAGACUAAAAUUUAAAAUAUGGUGCUGGUUUAUUGAAAUAUGUUAGACAAGGGACACUGAGAAAAAAAUUACAGAAAAUGAUGUUAUUUUUUA